CAUUUCUAUUUAAACAAACCCACCACUUCAACCAAUCCCCAGACAUCCGAUCAAUGGAAACCAUCCAGCACACCAACGUUCAAACCAACGGCGUAAACCUCCACGUGGCCACCGCCGGCCCAGUAACCGGCCCGCCCGUCCUCCUCCUCCACGGCUUCCCAGAGCUAUGGUACUCCUGGCGCUCCCAGAUCCUUUUCCUCUCCUCCGCCGGCUAUCGCGUCAUCGCACCGGACCUCCGCGGGUACGGUGACUCCGACGCGCCACCGUCGUCCGACAGCUACACCGCCCUACACAUCGUGGGGGAUGUGGUGGGACUACUCGAUGAGUUUGGGAUAGAUAAGGUGUUGUUAGUGGGCCAUGAUUGGGGUGCCUUAAUUGCAUGGUACUGUUGUUUAUUCAGGCCAGAUCGGAUCAAAGCGUCCGUAAUCUUGAGCGUCCAAUUUUUCCCUAGAAAUCCAAAAAUGUCAUUUAUUGAAGGCUUCAAGGCUGUUCUUGGUGACCAGUUUUAUAUGGUCCGAUUUCAGGAACCGGGAAAGGCAGAGAAGGAGUUUGCAUCGGUGGAUAUAAGAGAGUUUUUCAAAAACGUGAUGUCAAAUAGGGACCCAUCGGCUCCAUAUUUGCCUGGCGAAGUGAAAUUUGAAGGUGUCCCACCCCCGUCUCUAGCACCGUGGCUCACUCCCAAAGAUAUUGACUAUUAUGCUCAAAAGUUCUCACAUUCUGGCUUCACCGGCGGUCUCAACUAUUACCGAGCUUUUGACCGGACUUGGGAGCUGACAGCGCCAUGGACAAAGGCAGAAAUAAAGGUACCAGUGAAGUUCAUCGUGGGGGAUUUGGAUCUGACUUACCAUUUUCCAGGAGCUCAAGACUACAUCAACGGCGACGCCUUCGAAAAGGAUGUACCUGGUUUGGAAGAAGUGAUCGUUAUAGGAGACGCUUCUCAUUUCAUCAACCAAGAAAGGCCUGUUGAAAUCAACUCCCACAUUCAUGAUUUCUUCAGAAACUUCUGUUGAUUCUCAUCUUUUCUCCGUUUCCUUCCCUUUUCAACUUCUAUAUAUGUGUUUUUAUAUAUAUAAGCUAAUAAGUUGUCGUGUGGGAUUGAUUUGCGUGUCUUCCCUUUACCCUUUUUUUUUUUUCAUUUGUGUAUGUGUAUAGAAUAAUAAGGAUUUUAACAAGUCCAAGUGUGUGUAUAUAUAUAUAUACACACACACAUAUGCUUCGGUUUGCUUUUUAAUGAUAUUUUUCUUUUCC